UGUCUGGUCACCUGUGGAGAUGGGGUAGUGGAGAGAAGCAGAAGCUGUUUCUCGCCGUUUUCACAGGCCUGCUCGCUAUCAGAGUGUGGAGGACCAGCCACUGAGACUCGCAGAGAACGGUGUGGCCCGGACCCCAGAGACGGUGACUGGGGUUCGUGGCAACCAUGGAGUCCUUGUUCCGUCACAUGCAGAACUGGCACUCAGCAGCGCAUGCGCCUUUGCGACAGUCCAUCACCCAACGUGUGUGGACGAGAGUGUUCUGGGGCCAGGAUGGAGCAACAAGUUUGUUUUUUAGGAGAUUGUCCACAUCCUCCUCCUCCUUCCUGCGAGUGGACUCCCUGGGGUUCAUGGAGCAGGUGUCUGGUCACCUGUGGAGAUGGGGUAGUGGAGAGGAGCAGACGCUGUUUGUCGCCGUCUUUACUGGACUGCUCGCCAUCACAGUGCGGAGGACCAGCCACCGAGACUCGCGAGAGAACUGUGUGGCCCAAACCCCGGAGACGGCAACUGGGGUCAGUGGGGGUCAUGGGGCGCGUGCCCUGUCUCGUGCGGCUCCGGACUGCAGCAGCGUUCGCGUCGAUGCGACAAUCCUCCGCCCAACGGAUGCGGUCGGGGGUGUCCAGGCUCCAGUGUGGACUUGCAGCCAUGCAGAGGACCCUGUAGAGAGUGGAGUUCUUGGGAGCCCUGGUGCUCGUGCGAGUGCCGGAAGGGCACGAGGGCGCGCAGGCGCGGAUGCCAAGAACGGUCUUCGACUGGCGAGGUUGUGCCUGUGGACAUCCGCCACUGUGGCUUCAACCAAUCUCGCGAGGAAGAACCUUGUGAUGUGCGUCUCACUUGCCCAGAAUGCAUGCGCAGCUGCGAGGCCUAACCAACGGCAUGUACCCGUCAUGCACCAGCUGUAGUAACUACGUCAACUGCAUCAACGACAGGAUGGACAUCACGUUGUGUAAGCCUGGGUUUGAGUACGACUCUUUCAUCGGGAGGUGCGUGCCGGGCGAGUCGCCCUCCUGCACCCUGCGGGACUGUGUGACCUCUUGCCAGGGUCAGAGCGGUCGAGUCCCGUCGUGUCAAGCAGAGUGUUCCGGGUACUUUGACUGCAGUCAGGAUCGGGGACCACAAAUCUUCUGUCCGUCAGGCCAAGAGUUCAAUGCCCAUUCUCGUCGCUGUGAGGCGCCACCGUCACCUACUUGUAAACGUGUGACUUCUGACGUCAUGUACGGCGAUGCUCCCGAUGACAACUACUUCGACAUUGAAGACGAAAACGCCGAGGAAAAAUACAAAGAGCUGCUGAAGCAAAGCGGAGUGGUCGCCACACUGGGCCUCGAUGUGAACUCGCUGCCUCUGUUUAAACAUGACGAACCAGUCCACCAAGACAGACAAUAAAGGGAAUACAACCGAAGAGAUAACCGGAAAAAAUGGUAAAAAGAAGGCAACGAAAAGUUCCCGGAUGUCGGAGAAGGACAAGGAGACAGUUCAGUGCCAGAAGGACUGCUCAGGCUUGGCGCCCGGCCUCUACCAGUCCUGCACGGGCUGCGACAACUACCUCGUCUGCACCAAACAUGGCAUUACCCGUCUGGGCCGUUGCCCUAGCAACAAGGUGUGGGACGACAAACGCAAGAAAUGCAGGAAGACGUCCCUCACGUGCAAGUCCUCUGCUAGCAACGAGCUCGACCCUGGGACAUCUUGACCUCAGUAACCUCAGUGACCUCAUCGACGUCUCUCAAUUCGUUUCAUCCAUUAACAUGUAACAAAAGAGCAAAACCUCUUUGAUGUAACCAAUCCGUCAGUGCAUCCUGCUCCUGGACAACCAAUGGCACGACGAUUUAUGCAUGCUCUAGAAGACCAAUCAAGUAGCUGUUUACAAUUUUGUUUUCUUUUUGAAAGCCUAUAAAAUCCUACAAAUUUGUGUAUACAAUAAGAUUAUAGAAUUAUAUAAGAUAUGCUGAUCUAUUGCUUGUCUGUUCAGUGCUAGUUUUUCGGUAGUUUUCUAUGCCGUCUGUCUUUACCCCUCAGAUAGGUUCAUCGGAUGGAUAGCCGGGUGGUUAGGAUACUAUUGUCCUAACCGACCUGGUUUGACACCCUUGUGGCACAGCUAAUCAGUCUACCAGCUAUUUGGAAUACCUAUACAACAUAAAGACAGCAUAAAGGGUUGGGGAAAGUAAGACAGCGAGGGAGGGAGAGGAGAUUGACACCCACCUCGUCAUAAUUAUCAUCACUAUCUUUGAUUGCGGAUAUCAAUUACCUUUCAUUCACCUUUUUUCUCCAAACGCUACAUUGUAUUCUACAGAACUGUAUGUGGAUAUCUUAUUCCUUUAAAAAAUUUUGUAUUCUAUCAUUCUAAUUUUUUCUUUUUUUUUUCUUUCUCUCUCUCUCAUUGUAGGCUCUUUGUUUUAAUUGUGUUGUUUCCUUGUGUCUUCCUUACCACCCAAAUCCCUCGCCGGCCUUUAAAAUAAACGAAUAGUUUUACAAAAAUAGUCUAAAUACUGUCGGAACACAAUAGGAUAUCCCCCCUUCUCUCUAUCUUUUGUCAGGAAUUCAUAUGAAGGUAAUGGACACGCUCAACAGGUGAGCUUUUCUAAAGAUUUCUCGAGGUGUGGAAAAUGGAGCUCAGUAUGACUGACCCUGGGAGCACGUAACUUCUAUCGAAUCAGUCAGCACAGUCUUUGUGUAAAUAAUGUGUCGGUCUACUCAUUUCAAAGGUCGUCUGGCAAAGUAAUUGUGAAGGGGCGUGUUCUGACAGUUUAAAGAAAUGUCAGAAGCCGACAUGUACGGAAGCCCAAAGACGUCUUAAAUAACCUGUUUAAUCUCCUACAAGCUUUUGAUGUUAACAUCAAGCUUUAUGAUCAAAGAAACUACUUUCUUCAAUCAUUUCUUAGACAUUUUAUCUUCCUAAACAGUAAAGGGGAGCUUUCAUAGUCAGCGAUCAUGAGUUUCAUAACGCUUAAAUUUCAAAAACGCGUUCGACCGUGAUUAAGACGAGGACAGUAAGGAUGUAACAGCUGUGUCGGUAACAGUUAUGUAUGUAAUGAUUAUUCAUGUAAUACAGAUGAAUAUUACAGUAUCGGUAGCUAAUACCAAUAAAUGAAACUGUUGUACUGGUGACAAUGAAAAUGUAGACAUCUUUCGAUAGUGUUGUUAUUCUAAGGUGCAAAGUAAAUCAUUGAAAUCUGUUACUGGUUUUUUCCUUUUUUUUUUUCUUAUGAUAAUGAUUUCACGAUGAUGUUUGUUGUCUUCUAUAUUCCUCCACUGAAUGAACUAGUAAUUAUUAUGAUGUCCAAAGAAAGUUAAAAUUGCUCGUAACAUGGGAGACUGCAGUGAGAUAAUAAUAAUAAUAAUAGCAGCAACAAUAACAAUAGCAACAACAACAAUUAUGAUCAUGUAAACAGCGCAUUGUCAACGAUUUCUCAAAGCGCUGUAAAUAAAUUAUCUACCGAAGUAAACUAAAUCAACCUGCCAUAUAGUCAUAUAUUUUCAUGUAACAGACACCACUAACUUGUACCACAGGUUGAUGAGGAUGUCAAGUGAGGUUAAGUUUCAGAGACGAAAAAACAAAACAACAAGAAUUAGAUCUAAGAUCUAAGUGACGGCUAAGAAUGACGGCCGCUUAAGUCGACAACAAACAGAAAAUAAGGCGAUUACGAGUAGUAAAUCAA